CAAGAUAUUGUUGUUACAAAGGCACUGCAAUUUUGCUCUGUGACCCGACCAACGGUAUUCGCACGUGCGUGUGCGUGUGCGUGUGCGUGUGCAGCCGCGUGCCAGAGGGCCCCUCACGUUCGUCCUGCUCCUUACACCCAUGACACCUCCCACACAACGUAUUGGGGGACGUGGUCACGAUCAUCACCAUACAUCCGAUACGUCAAAAAUCUUACUGCUGGUAGCAAAUGCUCAGCGGAAACCCAGCACCCAGGCCUCGGACGAUGGGGAUGACGUCCAGCCGGGAAUGGAGCAGGCCUCGGACGAUGGGCCGACGUCCAGCCGGGAAUGGAGCAGGCCUAGGAUGAUGGGGCCGACGUCCAGCCGGGAAUGGAGAAGUCCAUACUGGCGUCUGGGCAGGGGCUUUACCUGUCUAAAGCUGAAACCUGCCUUCCUGGAUGUCUGCUUCACGAGGCGAGAGUAG